CACUAGCAUGUCCCUUUCAUCGUUUCCACGGGAAGGGUAGUGUUUUUUUGUUUGGUGUUGACACCGGCCCACUAAUGCAAAAAGAAAGAUAGAAAGAUGCCAAAAGCCAAAACAGAUCUGAGUAGAAUCUGACUUCGCACCGCAUCUUCGUCGUCGUCUCCAUCGUUCCUUUUUGCAGAGGGAAAGAGCCAAGGAAAACUCGUCGUCCAUCUGAAUCUUCUCUCUCUUUCUCUCUCACCCAAUAUCUCCGGAGCCUGUGCGUUUUAUCCCCGGGAUUGGCGUUUCCCGGCGGGCACUAGCAUGAUAACGGCGUUGUCAUCGGCGUUUUGCGAGUGGACGCUCAUCUGUAUGCUGUUCAUCGAUGGCGUGUUCGGAUAUUUGAUCACCGAGUUUGCCCGGUACUGUCGGCUGCAAAUCCCGUGCUUGUUCUGCUCGAGGCUGGAUCGUGUUCUCGGCCGGGAGGAAGGAGCAGGGUUCUACUGGGAUUUGAUCUGCUCCGACCACAAGUCCAGGAUCUCCUCCUUCAACCUCGCGGUUGUGGAAGAGACUCCUCCCAGCGAUAGAAAUUGCUCUUGCUGUAAGGAGAACAAGUGUGGUUCUGAACAAGGGUUUUCCCAGCAGUUGGUUCCAAUUAUUGGGUUUGAAGCAGCUGGUGAAUUGGAACUUGCUGAUGAACCGGACACAGAUGAUGAUUGUGAAGAGGAUCAUUCCAAACAAGAUUUGAUUGAUUCGUUUAUUCAUCCAGAGCCUCAAAACAUUACCACUGCAGAGGAUAUUUCAUGUGAGCAAUUGUUGAUCCAUCAGAAUUCAGUGCCAAUUUUGGGUUCAGAAGCACAGCUGGAAGACGACCGAGGGUCCUCUUCUAAUCGAGUUUCACCAGAGGAUGUUGGCAAUGGCUCGGCCGGGAUCAGCUCGAGGCAAGCUGAGCAUGGUGAACUUAUAUCCUUUGAUGAAGACCUUCCAUCGCCAUAUGCUUCCUCAACUCAUGAUAAUUUUCCCGGGAAGCCUUCCGCUACAACAAUAACAGCAGAGUUGGAGAAGGAAAUGCCCCAGACGGCAUCAAGCGAAUCACAGUUGGGUUCUAAACCCGAUACAACUGAUACUGUAAGUACUCCGAAGGCAUCAUCUUUAGAAUUAGGUGAUGCUUAUAAGUUGGCUACUAGCAGUAGGGUCAUGGCAGUAAGGCAACUCUCUGGAAAGUUUUUGAAGCAGUUGUCCUUGAAGGAUUCAACACAAAACAGUGAAGAUUUGAAGCUUCUACUGUUACAAUUUUCUUCUUCCAGGGGGAUUGAGUCUUCAUCUAUAUAUGAUAUUACUACCAGGCCUUCUCUAAAUAGUGAUGAGUUCAAAGCAUCUGAUUCUUCUUCCACCUCUAACAGAAGGAUGUCCCUUGAGAGAAAUGAAUCUAAUAUCUCUCUAGACGGAAGCAUGGUUAGUGAGAUCGAAGGAGAGAGUAUCGUUGAUAGAUUGAAACGACAGGUGGAGCAUGAUAAGAUCUUGCUGAGUAGUUUGUACAAAGAAUUAGAAGAGGAGAGGAGUGCCUCUGCAGUUGCUGCAAAUCAAGCAAUGGCAAUGAUAACUAGAUUACAAGAAGAAAAAGCAGCGCUUCAGAUGGAUGCAUUACAAUGCUUGAGGAUGAUGGAGGAGCAAGCAGACUUUGACAAUGAAGCACUCGAGAAAGCAAAUGAAACUAGUGUGGAGAUGGAAAAAACGAUACAAGAUUUAGAAGCCAAGCUUGAAGCAUAUAAAAUUAAAUAUGGUGAUGUUACCCUCUUGACCAAUGUGGAGGCAAGUAUUGAGUCAAGUAGUGCAAGGGAAAUAGAUACUGCAGAUAUGGAUGAAAUUAGCAUACAAAACCGUGGAAAUGUUGUUGGUGAUGCAGAUGAGGAUACAAUUGGAGAGAUGGAAAAGCCAAUCAUGAGGAGGAGCCCGAACUUUGACUUUGAAAGUGAAAAACUAUACAUCAAGAGAUGCUUGAUGAAUUUGGAAGAGAAGCUUCUUCUAUUUUCUGCCAUGCCAUCUUCUGAUCCGGCUGCAUGUGAAUCUUCAGCUGAGGAAUGGAUUAAAGUGAGUAAUUCAACAGAAGUUGAGAAUAGGGAAGAUGUGCAAGAAAAUAGGGAAAUAGAAGAUAGUCCUUUCCAACAAGAUGCAAUGAAAGAAAAAGGACAUGUGGCUGAACGUAUUCAGUUGGAUACACUAAGAAAUGAGCUAUCUACUUUGACCAACAGAUUAGAACUGCUCGAGGAAGAGCAUAAUCUAAUUCAGCAUUCAAUCAACUCACUCCAAAAUGGAGAAGAGGGGCUAAAGUUUAUUGUGGAGAUAGCUGGCCAUUUGCAACAGUUGCAUUUGAGAAUAAAAUGACUUUUAUUAUGAAAAAGAUUCAAAUGUAUGAAAGAUAAAUAUGUUAACUUUGCCGGGACAAGAAUGGAAACAACAGUGAGAACAAAGUACUUUAUGGGUGUGUACAAACUGUUCUGCUUUCUCAAUUCUCAUACGAACAAGUAGCGGAACAACAUAUUGAUUAUUCAAGAUUCUAGAAUUACUAGCUUGUGAGUAAAUCUCAGUUUUAUGUUUUUCUUGUUUUAGAUGUUUGCUUUUCUGUGUUGCCAUAGUAGUCUUUUAAUUUUUAGAAGAUAUUCUUCCUUCACAAUGUCCACUUGUUUUAAAUACUGAAAGACAAUAAGGCCCCGUUUGGUACACGGAAUUCAAACUAUGGAAUUGGAAUUGAGGACUUCAAUUCCAAUUCUGGUGUUUGGGUUGGCUUCUUUUCGUGCACUUAUUCUCUUAAUAAUCUAAUUACAUUGCGAAAAUUACUACAUACUCCCUCCAUAUGAAAAAAAAUUUUGACCAAAGAAAAGCAAAGAAAUUAAAGCAAGAAGGGAUUGGAGGGAAGUUGGAUAUGAAAGAAAAUACUAAGAAUUUCUACUUGCACAAAAACAAACACGAUAUCAUAUAUGUGCUGCAUCUUGGAAAGAGAUACAAGUCUGGAAAAGAAACUGCAAGAAAAAUGAUACAAAAACUAAUAAGGGCAAACCUACAGCCUUGCCAUCGCCACACACCCCCGGCAGUGCAUGGCUUUAGUGUUCUUCGGUGCCAUUAAGUUGUCGAAUUUCUCGGUUUUUUCCAGCACGAUCUCGAUCUGAUAAAGAAUUGUGUUUGAUUUUUACCCUGGCUUUCUGGACCAUGCGCCCUUUCGCUUCGUCUUUCAUUCCAACUGUUGAUGUUAAAACCUCUGCACCAUUUUUACAGAGAUUACAUGACAAUUAUAAUAAUUACUACGCAUUAUU